AUGGCAAAUCGGCAUAAGGCCAAAGAAGAAGAUAGAAUUGAAAAAACUAUCCGCGGCCUUUUGAGGUACCCCGGGAAUAGAAGAUGUAUCAAUUGCAACAGUUUGGGACCACAAUAUGUUUGCACAACUUUCUUGACAUUUGUUUGCACAAACUGUAGUGGAGUGCAUCGGGAAUUUACUCACCGAGUAAAAUCAAUAUCAAUGGCUAAAUUCAAUGCUGAAGAAGUUAAUGCUCUUCAAGCUGGGGGAAAUGAGAGAGCAAGGCAAAUUUAUUUUAAAGAAUGGGAUCCUCAGCGUAAUUCUUACCCUGACGGCAGUAAUCUUCAUAAACUCCGGGAUUUUAUUAAGCAUGUCUAUUUGGAUAGAAAAUACACUGGAGACAAGAGAAUUGACAAGCUCUCAAAAUUGAGAUUGAAUGACACGGAGGAGUCUAAUGAAAGAUCUCUUGGUAGAUCUAGAAGUCCACGUUCUGAGGACAGAUUCAAAUGGCAUCAUCACCAAAGAUCCAGUAUUGAUGGAAGAAGUGAGGAUGGAGGUUUCAAAUAUUAUUAUGAUGAAAGAAGAAGUCCUCGAUUUGCUCGAGAAAAUUCAAAACAAGGAGGUCUUACGAGAACUCCUGCCCGCUUUGAAGUUGUUGAUGACAGGUUUCGAGAAGAUGAGCGUGGAAGCCGUAGGUUCUCAAGUGCAGAAUCCAAGCUAACAAUCACGUUACCUGGUUUCAAAAAGAAUGUGGAUGGGUCUCGUUCCCCAGUGGUACGACCUGUUGGAGAUAUUAUAGGAGACAAAGUUCCUCCUUCAAAAGUGGGUGUAAUUUCUAAGCAAAUUGAUGGGAAGGAUGCUAAUGGUUCUGCGAACAAUCAGAAUGUCGUGUCUUCCAGUGACCAGGGUUCCAUUGGAAGGAAUUCAGCAGAACAUAAAAGCGGAAACUCGGGAAGCUUGAUUGAUUUGAUCGCUGAUUCUGAGCCCCUUGAUGCUGCAACUGUACCACAGACACAGCUGAUGCUUCACACUGAUAAUGGUGGCAACUUUGGAAGUCCUAUAAAGGAGAAGGCACCCCAAGCUUCGAGUUCAAAUUCUAUAGAAUCUUUAUUAUUUGAAUUGUCAGUACCCUCAGAUACACCUGCUAGAAACAACAUGUCUGAAGGACCUAGAAGUGUUGAUGCACUAUCAAUUGCAUCCGGAGGCGACAUGCCUGCAGGUGGUGUUUCUCUGGCUGCAAGUGGACAGCAGAUGUUAGCAUUAACUGUUAGUGUUGAUGCUUCUACCGCUGCAUCGACUAACAAUAUGCUAGCACAACCUUCUGAUGGAGGUCUUCCACAAGCUGCACCUAGUGGCAAUAGUGGCUCCAAUAUUAAUAUUCUUGACAAAGAGCAACUACCAAACAUGCAGCAAUAUCAUCCUACUGCAUCCCCUGUUGUAGGUAGUGGCUCUGUCACUCAACUGGCUAGUCCACCUGUUGGAGCUCUGAAUAAUCAGCCAUGGAUUUCCCCAACUCUACCUAAUAGACAAGGGUCUUUGAGUGCUUCUGCAGAACAAUCCUCUGAAUCUGUCUUAAAUUUAGAGCAAGACACCAGUUCAGGAUUUGGGUCUGAACCUCUUCCAGUGGAAACCAAGUCUGUUGGAAGAGCAGAGCUUCCUGCAGACCUUUUUGCUACAAGCUACUCAACAGUCCCUGCACCAGUCCCAAGUUGGCAAAAUGGUUCUCCUUAUGGCAUGGGAUUCAACAUGCAGUAUUAUUCUAGUCCAAUGCCUGCGCCUGUGUUUCCCAACGUAGCAAGAUCAAGAAACCCAUUUGACCUAAACGACGAAAGAACGCAAGUGCAGUCACCAUCAUUUCCUACCAUGGAAUCUUUGCAAGGUGCAUUGCCGAAUCUGCCAGCUGCUAGUGACUUUGUGCAAACUUCCAGCUUUGGUAACCAGUCUCAGGGUUUGAUGGCACCCCAAUCACCAUCCUAUACAUCUGCAAUGUCUCCAUUUUCACCUUCUUUAACAUCAGCCAUGCCUCCUGGUGCAAACAUGGGGCUACAAGUACAUAACAAUAUGACACCAUUCAGAUCACAAGAAAUCGGUAGCUUUGGCAGUAAUGGAGAUGUAUUUGGAUCCUUAAACACAACUCAACAGUUAACUGGAAAAUACUCAGCAACCGGCAAUCCAAAUCCUUUUUCUUCAGUGGGAGGAAACCCUUUUGGAUAAUACAAAAGUUUUUGCAUACAAUCUGCUGUCAUUUUUCUUUUGGCCUCCUAACAUCUUCUGGGAGGAGUCUGGUUUCUUUUUGAUUGAAGAUUAAACUAAAUGCUUAAUUAGAAUAGGGUGGUUUGUCUUUUAUAUU